GCGCGGCGGCCUCGGAGGAGUCAGUUCGGGGGACUCGGGGCCGGGAUGGGUCUCAGCGCAGCCGACGGCGGGGGCGGCCCGGGCGCCGGGGAUCUGGAAUCUCUUGAUGCCUAUAUCCAGAGGACGCUCUCUGCCUUGUACCCACCUUUUGAAGCCACGGCAGCCACGGUGCUCUGGCAGCUGUUCAGCGUGGCCGAGAGGUGCCACGGUGGGGACGGGCUGCACUGCCUCACCAGCUUCCUCCUCCCAGCCAAGAGGGCCCUGCAGCACCUGCAGCAGGAAGCCUGUGCCAGGUACAGGGGUCUGGUCUUCCUGCACCCAGGUUGGCCGCUGUGUGCCCAUGAGAAGGUGGUGGUGCAGCUGGCGUCCCUGCACGGAGUCCGGCUCCAGCCCGGGGACUUCUACCUGCAGGUCACAUCGGCGGGGAAGCAGUCAGCUAGACUGGUCUUGAAAUGCCUGUCCCGGCUGGGAAGGGGCAUAGAGGAAGUCACCAUCCCUGAGGCCAUGUACGGCUGUGUCUUCACGGGGGCAUUCCUGGAGUGGGUGAACCAGGAACGGAGCCACGUUCCCCUGCGCACCUGCUUGCUGACCUCAGGCUUGGCUGUCCACCGAGCCCCCUGGAGCGACAUCACUAACCCUGUCUUUGUCCCCAGCCCUGGAGCCAUCCUGCAGAGCUGCUCCAGCUGCACAGGUCCCGAGCAGCUGCCCAGCAGCCCCUCAGAGGCCCCAGCCCCCACCCAAGCCAUGGCAGGCCCCCAUUUCCAGGGAAGCACCCCUUCCCCCGACACCCUGACCCCACCCUGCCGCCGAGGGCAUGUGGGCAGCGACCAGCUCAGGCACCUUCCUUACCCAGAAAGAGCCGAGCUGGGAAGGCCCCAGACCCUGUCUGGAAGCUCAGACAGGGACUUCGAAAAGGUCAGCUCCUCAGAGCAGGGCCCACGGAUGCCCCCUGAGAACUGCAGGGGAUCGGAGCAGAAGCUGGACCAGGAGGAAGGCCCCAAGACCCUCACCUUCCACACAGACCUGGACAUCCCGAGCAGCAGGAGGCGGCCACCAGGGGACUCCAGUUGUGUGCCACCUAGACGCUGGUUCAGGGAGUCGUACAUGGAGGCCCUGCGGAACCCCAUGCCCCUGGGCAGCUCUGAGGAGGCCCUCGGGGGCCCAGCCCGCAGCUCCCUGGCUGGAGCCAGCAGGGACCCGGGGACUGGGACAGCAGCCAGUGGGACUCAGGAGGAAACCUCUGGUCCCUGGGGAGACCCCCAGCAGACCCCGAGUCUAGAGAAGGAGAGGCACACGCCCAGCCGGGCAGGUCCAGGAGCCACGGGGCGGACCCUUCCCAGGAGGUCUCGGUCCCGGGAAAGGGCGCCCAGAAGCUCCGGAGGGGCCCAGGCUGCAGCCUGCCACACCUCCCACCACUCAGCCGGUGCCAGGCCUGGGGGCCACCUAAGAGGACCAGCUGUGGGGACCCCAAACUGUGUCCCAGUAGAGGGUCCCGGCUGCAUCAAAGAGGAAGACGUUCUUGCGUCCUCAGCCUACGUCAGCACAGACGGCGGCAGCUUCCAUUGCCACAACCCCAGCGGGCUUUCCGAUGCGCCUGCCCAGCAGCCACGCCCUGAGCAAGAAGGGUGGCCGCCGGGCACAGGGGACUUCCCCAGCCAGGUGCCCAAGCGGGUGCUGGACGUCAACCAGGAGCUGCUGCAGUCCGGGGUCAUCACCCUCCCAGGGACCCGAGACCGUCAGGGCAGAGCGGUGGUGCAGGUCCGCACCAGGAGCCCGCUCUGGACCAGGGAACACUUGUCCUGCGCCGAGCUGACCGAACUGUUGCUGUACUUCCAUAGCAUCCCCAGGAAGGAGGUCCGGGACCUGGGUCUGGUCGUCCUGGUGGACGCACGCAGGAGUCCAGCCGCCCCUGCCGUCUCCCAGGCCCUCGCGGGAUUGCAGAACAACACAUCUCCUAUAAUUCAUAGUAUCUUGCUGUUGAUAGAUAAAGAAUCUGCAUUUAGGCCUGACAAGGAUGCAAUAAUUCAGUGUGAGGUCGUGAGCUCCCUGAAGGCCCUGCACAAAUUUGUCGACAGCUGCCAGCUGACCACAGACCUCGACGGCUCCUUUCCCUACAGCCAUGGUGACUGGAUCUGCUUCCAUCAGAGGCUGGAACACUUCGCUGGAAACUGCGAAGAAGCCAUCACUUUUCUACAGAAUUCAUUCUGCUCCCUGAACACCCACAGAACCCCAAGUACAGCCCAGGAAGUCACCGAGUUAAUUGACCAGCACGAGACAAUGAUGAAGCUUGUUCUGGAAAACCCACUGCUUGUGUCCCUCAGGCUGGAGGGGGGCACCGUCCUGGCACGGCUGAGGAGAGAAGAACUCGGCACAGAAGAUGGCCGGGACACCCUGGAGGCUGCCACCAGCCUGUACGACCGAGUGGAUGAGGAGGUGCACAGGCUGGUCCUUGCCUCGAACGGUCGUCUCCGGCAGCUGGAGCGCCUCCGGGAGCUGGCAUCGCUCCAGGACGGGAAUGACCAGCAAUCCUGCCAGAAAGGACUGCAACUGGUGAAGGAGAACCCGCAUCAUACAGAGGAAAUGGUCCAGGAUUUCAGAAGGGGCCUGAGCGCCGUGGUCAGCCAGGCUGAGUACAGGGAGGGAGAGCUGGCCAGGUGGACCCGCCCAUCCGAGUUGUGCGAGACGGCGAGCAGCUGGAUGGGGCCCCCGGACCUGGAGGCUUAUCCCUCCUCACCCGUGGCUGAGUGUUUGAGGAGCUGUCACCAGGAGGCUGCCUCGGUGGCUGCAGAGGCCUUCCCCGGGGCAGGUGUGGCAGCGCUGAAGCCUCAAACCCUGGGGAGACCGUGGGCAUCACAGCAAGACCUGGGGCUGCAGUGCCCUCAGACCCGGCUCCAGCUGGAAGACGCCCUUUCUGAGGCCGCCCCAGGCCCCAGCUUACCACCCCUUGCCCAGAGCCCCCCAAAGCAUGAGUGUGCUCAGGAGGCCAUGAGGAGGCCCCAUAAGCCACCCUCAGUUCCCAGCACGGACACUGAGGAUGGUGCCUGGGAACCUGGCCUCCCUGGACGAGCACUUCUGUGUGGACAGGACGGGGAGCCCCUGGGCCCAGGGCUGUGUGCUCCGUGGGACCCAGUGUCCCCCCUCGGGGGCCUUUCAGGGACAGUGGCCACCACGGCCCACCCGGAGGACAGCUCUGCCUGCUCCUCUGAGCCCACCCAGACCCUGGCCAGCCGCCCCAGGAAACAUCCCCAGAAGAAAAUGGUAAAGAAAAUGCAAAGUUUCGAGAUACCUCAGCCCGACAGUGGCCCCAGGGACUCCUGCCAGCCAGGCCAUACCAGUGUCUUCAGCAAGGGCCUGGAGGUAACCAGCACUGUGGUCACAGAGAAGAAGCUCCUGCUGCAGCCGCAGGCCAGGAGCCCCCCGGUCACUUGGAGCCGGAGUCUGUCCUCUCCCUCGGGGCUCCACCCUGCUGAGGAGGACGGGAAGCGGCAGGUGGGCAGCAGCCGACUGAGGCACAUCAUGGCCGAGAUGAUCGCCACGGAGAGGGAGUACGUCCGGUGCUUAGGAUACGUCAUCGACAACUAUUUUCCGGAAAUGGAGAGAAUGGACCUGCCCCAGGGCCUUCGGGGGAAGCACCACGUUAUUUUCGGCAACUUGGAGAAGCUCCACGACUUCCACCAGCAGCACUUCCUCCGGGAGCUGGAGCGCUGCCGGCACUGCCCCUUGGCCGUGGGCCGCAGUUUCCUGAGACACGAAGAGCAGUUUGGGAUGUACGUGGUCUACAGCAAGAACAAGCCACAGUCGGACGCCCUGCUCAGCAGCCACGGCAAUGCCUUCUUCAAGGACAAGCAGCGGGAGCUGGGUGACAAGAUGGACCUGGCCUCCUACCUGCUGCGGCCCGUGCAGCGCGUGGCCAAGUACGCGCUGCUGCUCCAGGACCUGCUCAAGGAGGCCGGUCGCGGCCCGGCCCAGGGGCAGGAGCUGGGUGAGCUCCGAGCCGCCGAGGUCGUGGUCUGCUUCCAGCUGCGCCACGGCAAUGACCUGCUGGCCAUGGACGCCAUCCGCGGCUGUGACGUGAAUUUGAAGGAACAGGGGCAGCUGAAAUGCCAAGAUGAGUUUAUCAUUUGCUGCGGGAGGAAGAAGUAUCUGAGGCACGUGUUCCUCUUUGAAGACCUCAUCCUGUUCAGCAAGACCCAGAAGGUGGAGGGCGGCCACGACGUCUACCUGUACAAGCAGUCUUUCAAGACGGCCGAGAUCGGGAUGACAGAGAACGUCGGGGACAGUGGCUCGAGGUUUGAGAUUUGGUUUCGCAGGCGGCGGAAAUCUCAGGACACCUACAUUCUCCAAGCAAGCUCGGCAGAGGUCAAGCGUGCGUGGACUGAUGUGAUAGGGAGGAUCCUGUGGAGGCAGGCGCUGAAGAGCAGAGAACUCAGAAUCCAAGAAAUGGCAUCCAUGGGGAUAGGCAACCAGCCAUUCAUGGACGUCAGGCCCAGCAACCAGGCCCCCAAAUGUACAGUGAUAAGUGACCGGGCCCACAACAGCAUCAUCAAGGGCACAGAGUCACAAAUGAGAGGGCCCACCGCGGUGUCCUCCUCUGACCAGGCCACCCCCUUCAAGCGACCACACUCCACCAUCUCGGACAGCAGCACUUCCUCUUCCAGCAGCCGGUCCUCCUCCAUCCUGGGGUCGCUGGGCCUGCUUGUGUCCUCCAGCCCAGCCCACAGCCCCUGGUCAUCUGACAUCAGAGCCUGCAUCGAGGAAGACGAGCCGGAGAUGGGCACCCAGGCUGCAGUGCGUGAGGGCGCUCCUGCUGUGUUGUAAGCCACGCACGCCAGGCCUGACAACCAUGGGGGUGGCGAUGCCCAUCGCAUAGCUAGAACGAUACGUAGGGAGCAGCAUGCCAGGCCUGACGACCAUGGGGGUGGCAAUGCCCAUCGCAUAGCUAGAACGAUACGUAGGGAGCAGCAUGCCAGGCCUGACCACUGUGGGGGUUGCGGUGCCCAUUGCGUAGCUAGAA